AUGUUCAGCAAACCAGAAGAGAUGUACAUGUACAAUGCGUUACGCAAGUCCGAAAACAAUGAAAAUUGCCGAAAGAGAAGACAUUCUGAGUUUUCUGAUGACGACGAAUCCAGCCCAAAGUCCCAAAGCCCUUCGAUUGACGAUGAUCGACGUGCGCAUCACAAUGAAUUGGAACGAAAACGCCGCGAUCAUAUCAAAGAUCAUUUUAUGAUCCUGAAGGAUUCGAUUCCACUUCUCGACGGCGAAAAAUCAUCGAGAGCAUUGAUAUUGAAACGUGCCGUUGAGUACAUCACCACUAUGCAAUCGCGUCUCGAUGAGAACCAGAAAAACAUCGAGGAGCUUCGCAAGAGAAAUGAGCUUCUCGAGGAGAAAUUGAAAGAUUGUACACAAUCUGUUUCGCCACCAAUGCACUCGUUCAUCGCGAACACACCGCAAAUAACUUUGUCUCCAGUUUCAUUCCCAAUGACGCAAAUCCCGACCGCCCCGAUUCUCCUAGCAAACUCAAGCGCCUCCGUUCUAUCCCAAAUCAACCCAGUUCAACUCAACAACUUGAUCGCUUCUUCCCAAGAAGCUAUCAUGGCCCUAACACAAACACUUGUCGGCAAAGUUGAGCCAAUUCGUCAAGAAGUUUUUCCGACGACUACUCAAAUCCUUAAUUUACCGUACCAAACGGAUCGACAAAUGUCUGUCAGAUUUUGA